AAUAUGUUAUCUAAUAUCAAUUAGUGUCUCUUUGACAUUAUGCUUUACAACCCAUACUACUUUAUUCAAGCAAAAAUUCCAUACAAUUUUCUAUAGAAGCUCUACAUUAUUCAAUUUGCUAAUUAAGGAAUACUAUACCUCUCCUUUCUUCAAGCAACACUAUUAUUUGCAUCCCUCAAACUAUUACCUAAACCUAAAUAUUGGGCAAGAAACAAAUUUUGGACAUUACUUCCCUAUUCUCAAGGAGCACUAACACUUAUAUGGAUGUUCAAUCGCUUUGUAAUUCCUAAUGAAGGAUUUCAAUUUGUUUUUGCAAAAUAAAUUUAACACAUUCAAGAACAUAAUCUAUUACAAACUCCAUUACUUUAUAAUAGAUAAUACAUAAUUAACAAAUUAAUGAGCUAUCAUGAAGAGCAAUCUAAAACAACAUCCAAUAAAAAAUUAUCCCUCAAUUAAAAAUUAAAAGAUGCCAAUCAAAUAAUUAUUGAUAAAUCUCUUGACAAUUCUAGAGUCCGAUAAAUUUACUAGUUAGAAUUCGAUUAAUCACUAUAUUCUGAUAUCCAAAUUUAUAAAAAAGAAUUAUCUAGCUAUCUAUUGAAUCAUGUCUGA